GAUGUUACGUGCAUAGUAAUUUUACGUGAAGCCACAAACGUUUUUACAUGUACAUUUAGACAGGGGUUAAGGUGACAGAUAGGCAUAAAAUGAGAUUUAAAAUAUCUGCACAAAAUCGUAAUGGCCAUAAGCGUUUGGUAACUUGUGUAGCAUGGAGCUCGACGGAAGAGAUUUAUUCAUGCGGGUAUGAUUUUGUAUUUACGAGAAAAAAUAUAAAUAAUCUAAGUGAUUACCUUUUCAGAGAGGAUCAUUUAUUAAUAGCGUGGCAUUUGGAAGGUGGAACCGCACAUUCUAGCAUUGUUACGGAAUUUCCUAAUGAUUUUUAUCCGACCGAUAUGCAGUGGCAUCCGCGACCAAAUUAUGCGGCGCUAAUUACUAAAAAACAGUCGUUAGAUGUUCUGUUAAUUACUACAGCCGACGGAAAAUAUCAUUUAGUUAAUAAAAAUGGACGUAUAGAAAAGAGCAUAGAUGCUCAUAAAGGAGCAACGACAGUAGGCAGAUGGAGUAGUGAUGGCUCCGCACUUUUGACUGCUGGUGAAGACGGUUUGAUAAAAGUAUGGUCACGUAGUGGCAUGCUUCGCUCUGUUGUUGUUAAAGGUGUGUUUCCCAUACUAUCUGCUGCCUGGAGUUCAGAUUGUACGACAGUAUUAUAUUCUCAGGGAGCUCACUUAACUUUUCAGUCGCUUAACUCUAAUUCCAAACCUCGCAAGUUAUUGGCUCAUGAUGGUUUGGUUUUGGUUUUAUGUUGGAGUCAUACUCAUGGAUUGAUAAUUUCUGGUGGGGAAGAUUGUAGAUAUAAGGUAUGGGAUCCUAAUGGUACUCAGCUAUUUUCUAGUAGCAUAGGAGAUUAUCCUAUUACAUCAGUAAGCUGGAGCUUUUCUGGGGAUUACUUUGCUGUUGGAUCAUUUAACACAAUCAAACUUUGUGAUAAAACAGGAUGGUCUCAUUCAUUAGAAAAAAUAAAUUCUGGAAGUAUAUACAGUAUUGCUUGGUCAAGUGAUAGCACACAAGUAGCUAUGGCUUGUAGUAAUGGAACUGUAUCAACAGGACAUAUAAUAGACAGAAGAUUGGAAUGGAAUAAUUACGAAGCCACAUUGGUCAAAAGAAAAGUAAUUGAAGUUAGAAAUGUGGGUAAUGAAAUACGAGAAACAUUAGAGAUAUCGGAUCGCGUGGUGCAGCUGGAAUUUGGUUUUGAUUAUUUAGUUGUAAUUACACCAGCACAGUGUCAUGUUUAUUCGGUAGCAAAUUGGAAUACUCCCGCUAUAUUUGAUUUAAAAAAUACUAGUGUAUCAGCGGUACUUCUUGCAGAAAAGCAUUUUUUAUUAGUUGAAUGGAAUAGCGUAUCAUUGUACAGUUAUCAAGGCCGUUUAUUAGGAACUCCAAAAUGGAAAGGAAUAACACAGGAACGACUUUAUCCACCUUGUGUAUCGCUAUGUUCUGAUACUUUAGUCAUACGAUCGCAAAGUAACGAAAAACUUCUUCAUGUGUUAGAAGUGGCUUACAAUAAACCUAUAACAGAAAACCAGACUUACACACAUCUUCAAAGUAUUACAAGGGUUGCGUUGAAUCAUGUUGGCGGAAUAACUGAUCGACAAGUAGCAUUAAUCGAUAUAAACAAAGAUUUGUUUCUAGUUUCUAUACGAAUCCCUGGUUUUGGUAGAGUAUGUAAAAUAGCCGCUAUGGCGCAAGAUAUUGCAUGGGCGACUGAUGCAAAUGUUUUAGCAGCGAUGUUGGAUGCAACACUAUCUGUAUGGUUGUGUCCUAAUUGUGUGCAUUAUAGCGACCGUAAGAUUAUACGAAAAACAAGGAUCGAUAAAGAAAGCAGUGAGUUUGGUAAACAGCCAAGUGUAGCUAAUGUCUAUAAUGGGAUGGUAAUGAUACGACGUGGUGAUGGGGCAUUAGUGGCUUCUUCCUUUUAUACAUUUUUUAUUAGUCUUCAUCAACAUAUACUGAACAAAAGAUGGAAAGAAGCACUGUCUCUUUGUCGAAUUGCUCAGAAUGAAGUAUUGUGGACUUGCAUGGCUGUUAUGGCAACUGACAAUAAAGAAUUAGAUGCUGCGGAAGAAGCAUAUGCAGCAAUUUCGCGAUACGAUAAAGUCAAUUAUAUUCAGUAUAUAAAGAGUCUACCAAAUAAAACAGAAAGAUUAGCGGAAAUGGCGCUUCUGUCGGGAGAUCUGUUAACUGCAGAAGGCAUACUUUUGCAAAACGGAUUAACUGAGGAAGCUGUACGAAUUAACAUUGAAAUAUAUAAUUGGAAUAGAGCAUUAGAAUUAGCGAUUAGACACAGAAAGCAACUGGAUGAGGUAUUGAACGCAAGAAAAGAAUAUCUUCGAGUAAUCAAUAAGAAAGAAACGAAUCAAAAUUUUCUUGAAUAUAUGGCAAACGUUGCAAAAACGCAAGAAGCUACUGAAAAGGCUCCGUUUAAGCGAGACGAAAUUGAAUUACCGGAAGCAGAAAUACAAAAAAACGAAAUAAUGAAGCAAGAAAUGGAUACUUGAAAGCGUAACAGUAUCUUUCUUUAUACAAAUUACUUAUUAAAAUAUAUAAAAAUAAAGUACAAAGCACCU